AUGACUUCCACUAAAACGUUAGAACUCGCGGAUCAGAAACAUACUGAAUCAGUGAAGCAUACGUCGCGUAUGCGUCUCGCUGUUGCGAUUCUGAUUGUGCUGUUGUGCGCUGGCAUUAUUAUCACUGGUUUAGCCUUGUUUAAUUCUUAUCGCAAUUCUGCAAAACUGGAUUCCCUAAACCUGGCUUAUGAGCAACGCGCUACCGUUGCCGCCGAUCAGACGAUUACUCUCGCUGAACAAAUCCGUCAAGCGUGUUCCGAUAAGGCUCUCGCCAAUUCGUCUCUAUGUGCUAAAGCGGCUGAGGCGCAAGAAGCUGCAACGUCCCUAAAGACCGCUUCACCGAUUGCCCCGCUGCCUGGCCGUGACGGCGUUGACGGUAAAGAUGGUGCGAGAGGUUUACAGGGUGUGCCUGGUGUGCCUGGUAAAGAUUCCACGGUUCCUGGCCCUGUUGGCCCUAGCGGCUUGCCUGGCAAAGAUGGUUCGCCUGGCCCUGCUGGUGUUCCUGGUAAAGAUGGUCUAGACGGUAAAGAUGGGUCUAGCGGCGUUGACGGCCUAAACGGAACUAGCGGGUCUGACUCAACGGUUCCCGGCCCUGCUGGUGUCCCUGGCAAAGACGGCCUCAACGGUUUGAACGGCAAAGACUCUACCGUCCCUGGCCCUGCUGGUGCGCCUGGUAAAGACGGGGUAAACGGAACCAACGGCGUUGACGGUGCGCCUGGCCCUGUCGGCCCUAGUGGCCCUGCUGGCCCUGCUGGUGAACCUGGCUUACCUGGUGCUGAUUCAACCGUGCCUGGCCCUGCUGGUGCGCCUGGCCCUGCUGGUGAGCCGGGUCGCGGCAUUACGUCUAUCGAAUGUGACGCUGAUGGAACAUGGGUGAUCACUUAUACGGACGGUACGCAAUCGCAAACGCCUGGCCCUUGUCGCGUCGUUGAGCCACCCCCACCAACGCCUACGCCUGAUCCAACACCAGCACCAACUACUACCACACCUACCACACCUUAA